CUACGUGCGCAUGAUCUUCCUGGCGCUCUACGUGCUGUUCCUCGGCGACGAGGUGUUCGACGUGGUCGUGUGCGACCAGGUGUCUGCCUGUAUCCCUGUGUUCAAGCUGGCCAGACGGCGUAAGAAGAUCUUGUUUUAUUGUCACUUCCCAGAUCUGCUUCUUACCAAGAGGGAUUCUUUUCUUAAACGUCUAUACAGGGCCCCGAUUGACUGGGUAGAAGAAUACACCACAGGUAUGGCUGACUGCAUCUUGGUCAACAGUCAGUUCACAGCUGCCAUAUUUAAGAAAACGUUUAAGUCCCUGUCUCACAGAGACCCCGAUGUCCUCUACCCAUCUCUGAAUGUUACCAGCUUUGACUCAGCUGUCCCUGAAAAGCUUGAUGACCUAGUCCCCGAGGGAAAAAAAUUCCUGUUUCUCUCCAUCAACAGAUACGAAAGGAAGAAAAACCUGACGUUGGCGCUGGAAGCCCUAGUGAAGCUGCGUGGAAGAUUGACACCCCAAGAUUGGGACAGGGUUCAUCUGAUUAUGGCUGGUGGGUAUGACGAGAGAGUCCUGGAGAACGUGGAACACUAUCAGGAACUGAAGAAAAUGGCCCAGCAGUUCGACCUGGACCAGUCUGUGACCUUCCUGCGGUCUUUCUCGGACAAACAGAAAAUCUCACUCCUCCACAGCUGCACCUGUGUGAUUUACACGCCGAGCAAUGAACACUUCGGCAUUGUCCCUGUGGAGGCCAUGUACAUGCAGUGCCCAGUCGUUGCUGUUAAUUCAGGUGGGCCCUUGGAGUCCAUUGUCCACAGUGUCACAGGGUUUCUGUGUGAGCCUGACCCCGUGCAGUUCUCAGAAGCAAUUGAAAAGUUCAUCCAUGAACCUGCCUUAAAGGUCACAAUGGGACGGGCUGGCAGAGCCAGGGUGAAGGAAAAGUUUUCCUCUGAAGCAUUUACAGAACAGCUCUACCAAUAUGUCACCAAACUGCUGGUAUGAUCAGAUAUAUUAGAGGGCUUUUUGCUACAUUCAUUAAUAUAUUAUAUAGAACGUAGAUCCAGUUUUGGAACCAUAAAAGAAACCUAGAAUCUAGUGCCGAAGAGUUGUUUUUUAAACACAUUUGAUUUUUUGAAUCUGAGCCAUUUCCUAUACACCACAUCUUCCUGUUUCAUAAACCAAUAUCUAUUAUGCUAUAAUAAUUCUGUCUUACCAGUGUUAAUUAUAAUGUGAUACGAUUCCAUGUGUUAAUUAUAUUUUCUCUAGAUUAUUGCUGCUCUGAGUAUAAAUUUUGAGUCAUAUUGUGCCUUAAUUGUUUUAGACAGUUGGUGUGUCAUCGUCAAAGUUGAAGAAUUUAGCUUCAUAACAUAUUGAGAACAGGGUCACUGUAGUUCCCAGAAUCAGGGCACCUGUUCCCUGUCCUCUUGGGAAAUGCUGGUUAGCCAUAACUUUGCCUGAUCCCAUAGCAAGGAUGCUCUGUAUGUUUUGUACAGGACAUAUUCUUACACACUGAGACAAGUCAAUAAAAGAUGUUUAUCAUAGGAAAAGAUGGUACAAUAUUAAAUGUUGGCUUCCGUGAUCCAUACGUAGAUAUGACAGCCAAGCCUGAAGUCAGAAACUAAGAGUAAACCGGAUGUUGAAGUGAAGACGGAUUGUUGUCACGCAUGUAGUGCUUAGGGUUUAUUUCUAAUGCCAACUGGUUCAUCAGCUCUGUUAAUAUUUGUGUCGUAGUAAGUAAGUACUCCUAAGUGUGAGGCACAAAUGCUUUUUACCCUUCAAGGCUUGCCUCAUGCCACUGCUAUGGAGCUUACCUUGACCCUCCACCCACCUCCCAGAGUGGAAGUGAUCUUGCCCAAGAGCACACAACUGAAAGUGAGUGAGCCAGGACUCAGCCCAUGGUUACCUGGUCCAUCCAGGACUGCACGUACCAGAAUCUCUCUCUGCACCCCUUUAAUACCGUAAAUGUCCUUUAAUACUUCAUGGAAUUAAAAAUUAAUACAGUAUUCUGAGUCAUAUCAAAGUGAGGGGACAAGAUGCCCUUCUGUCUUCUAAUUAAUCCUCUGGUCCUAAAAGAUCUAAUGUCCCGCACCCACUGCUCUAUUCCAGCCCCCUGAGAAUCACUGCAUGAGGCCGAUCAUUGCCUGCCCUCCCUGUAGCAGACAUGGGGUCUUUCAAAGUCCUAGUAGAGCUCCCAGCAUCAUUUACUUGCAUGAAGCAGAAACUCAAACUUAACUCAAAAAGAUUUUGAGUAUUUGAAAGAAUCCAAGCCAGAAAAUACAGACAUGCUCUAGCUCUCUAUCCUUAACAAGAGGACUGGGGGUUGGGUGGGGCUCACAGUAAGGGUGACCUGGCCUUGUUACCCAGAAAUAGGACCACAAGCAAAUGCUAAAAUAUCUUGCAGGAAGCGCUACCCCAGGCCAGCCACAGAUGUCAUUUAAGACAAAUAUAGUCUAGAAAAGGUGUGUGUGUGUAUCUUUUGAGGUUUUAUAGGGGCACUAGUGUAGCACAGGUGUGACCUCUCUGGCCUGCCACUCUCCCAAGAAGUCAUCAGGCAGACUUAGGACAGUCUGCUAUGAUGAUGAACUCAGAUUGGCCUUUGGUUUGCUGUGUUAUUUGCCUAGGAUUCCAAUUUUUGAGAAGGUGUCCUGAUGAUGAUAAUCCUAAAGUGUAAAUUUCCUUGUCUGUUAAAUGGGUAUAAUCAGGUCUAAGUAGCCCACCCCACAGGGUGUGAAGAAAGGACAAAUAGAGUGCAGGAGAGGCACUG